CGGACCAAGCCUUGCUGUAGAGGGAUAUCCCGUCUCCAUGCUGUGCCACCACCACCACAACAGGUAACACCUGCAGACAUCGACAAGCAACUGGAGAGGUGAAGAGAGGAGCAAUGGAGAUCAAGGUCGUUGAAGAGGCACCAGCGGUGGUGGCGGUGCCGUCACGGUUCAGGAGGAUAUGUGUCUUCUGUGGAAGCAGCCAUGGCAAGAAGAAGAGCUACCAGGAUGCUGCCAUUGAGCUUGGAAAAGAGCUGGUGGCAAGAAACAUUGAUCUAGUAUAUGGAGGAGGGAGUGUAGGGUUGAUGGGACUGGUCUCUCAAGCAGUGUACAAUGGAGGAAGGCAUGUCAUCGGGGUGAUUCCCAAGACACUCAUGCCUAGAGAGAUAUCAGGUGAGACGGUGGGGGAGGUGAAAGCGGUGGCUGAUAUGCACCAGAGGAAGGCUGAGAUGGCCAGGCGGUCCGAUGCCUUUAUAGCAUUGCCUGGGGGUUACGGAACACUUGAAGAGCUGCUAGAAGUGAUUGCGUGGGCUCAACUUGGCAUUCAUGACAAACCGGUUGGGCUGCUGAAUGUGGACGGCUACUACAACCCGCUGCUGUCUUUUAUCGACAAAGCAGUAGAAGAAGGGUUCAUCAAACCAACUGCCCGCAGUAUCAUCGUCUUGGCUCCAACUCCCAAGGAAUUAAUCCAGAAGUUAGAGGAGUACUCACCUCAGCAUGAGGAAAUCAUACCAAAGAUGAAAUGGGAGAUGGAACAGGUGGACUACCCUCAGAACUACGAGAUCCCCAGGCCGAAGGAGGGGAACAUGGUCGUGGAAGCGCAGCACGGAAGCAGGCUGUGGAUGUAGUACCAGGCUAUAGGCCUAGUAAAGUAGUAAUCUAAGAUAGAUUUGGCAUGUAAUGUCUCACCUCACUCACUGCAUCCUCCUCUUCGUGUGUCCUGUAACUCCGGUAGGAUUUGCGUAAUCCUGAAACCUGCUGGUUGGUCAUUCGUGUAAGAUCAGCCAAUAUUAUCUGUACUGCGAAAUCAGUGGAGCUAAAUUGGUAGUGCAUGGAUA